AUGCUGGACCCGUCCUCCAGCGAAGACACCGAUGUGGAGUCCGACCCGGAAGUUGCCCGGGAGCCUGCAAGGAAAACAGACUGCUCCUCCGCGGCCAAGCAGGGAGUUGAGAGCCGACCGGGCGGCCAGAAGCGACCAUUGUUGAGGCACGAACAGCCCUCUAUUAAAGGCUCAGCCAGGCAAAAUGCUCACCGUCAAGAUAGCUCAACAGGUGAGGAAGAGGAGAGGCGAGAACACGAGCGACUAAAGCAGGAGGAAGAGGAGCACAAAGUCAAAUUGCAGAUUUAUGUCUUCGUCCUGAGAUGCAUCGCUUACCCAUUCAACGCCAAGCAGCCAACCGACAUGACUCGGCGGCAGCAGAAGGUGAACAAGCAGCAGCUCCAGGCAAUCAAGGACCGUUUCCUCGCCUUCCUCAAUGGGGAAACUCAGAUUAUGGCUGAUGAAGCCUUCUGCAAUGCUGUGAGAAGCUACUAUGAAGGUUUCCUAAAGAGUGAGCGUGUAUGUCGCAUGGUUCAGAGCGGCAGCUGCUCGGCAAGUGACUUCCGUGAGGUGUUCAAGAAAAACAUCGAGCGUCGUGUUCGUAGCCUCCCUGAAAUUGACGGCCUAAGCAAAGAGACUGUGCUGACCUCCUGGAUCGCCAAAUACGACGCCAUCUACAGGGGAGACGAGGACAUGCGUCGGCAGCCCCAACGUGCGCACCUUAGCACCGUGUCAGAGCUGAUCCUCAGCAAGGAGCAACUCUACGAGAUGUUUCAGCACAUCCUUGGAGUCAGGAAGUUCGAGCAUCAGCUGCUCUACAAUGCCUGCCAGUUGGACAAUGUGGACGAACAGGCUGCUCAGAUACGCAGAGAGCUGGAUGAACGAUUACAGCUGGUGGAACGACUCCCCAGGGAGAGGAGAUUCCCAAAGUUUGUGUCACCUAACAUGGAUGUCCUCUAUGCUGAGGAGCUCCGUUCAUCCAUCAACUUACUAAUGGCCAACCUUGAGAGCCUCCCCGUGUCCAAAGGAGGGCCUGACUUCAAGCAGAAGCUCAAGCGCUCCUCCAUCAACAACUCCUUCCUGGACCUUGGCGAUGAAGUCGAUGUGUUGUCCAAGUCCGAUGUGUUGCUCUCCUUCACACUGGAGGUGGUGAUCGUGGAGGUUCAGGGGCUGAAGUCGGUCGCCCCAAACAGGAUCAUGUACUGCACCAUGGAGGUGGAAGGAGGUGAGAAGCUGCAAACGGACCAGGCUGAAGCCUCCAGACCUCAGUGGGCAACACAAGGUGACUUCAGCACGACGCACCCGCUGCCCUCUGUCAAAGUCAAGCUUUUCAUGGAGAAUACAGGUGUUCUGGCCCUUGAAGACAAGGAGCUGGGCCGCGUGGUCCUGAACCCCACCACCAACGGGCCCAAGCAGGCCGAAUUCCAUCGCAUGUUGGUUCCCAAGAACAGCCAAGACACGGAACUGAAGAUCAAACUGGCUGUGCGGAUGGACAAACCACCCAAUAUGAAGCACAGUGGAUAUUUGUAUGCACUGGGACAACGUGUGUGGAAGCGCUGGAAAAGGAGAUACUUUGUUCUGGUACAGGUCAGCCAGUACACAUUCGCCAUGUGCAGCUACCGAGAGAAAAAGGCUGAACCGCAAGAGCUCAUGCAGCUGGAAGGGUACACGGUGGACUACUGCCACCCGCAACCAGGCCUGCAAGGCGGUCAGGUGUUUUUCAAUGCAGUGCGUGAGGGCGACCUGGUAGUGUUUGCCUGUGAUGACGAUCAAGACCGCGUCCUGUGGGUACAGGCCAUGUACCGGGCCACUGGACAGUCAUACAAACCCACACCGGCCCCCAGCAGCAAAAACGCCAACAACUGCAGGUCUGCCGAAAACCAGCCAACCUCACCCAUCAGUCUCGAUCCGUCUGAGCGCCAGGGUGUCGAGGAGCUGGUGGCGGCGUCUCCAAGCCGUUUUGACCAUGCUCGCCUCUUCAGCAUUUUGCAGAAGCAAACAUUGCAGCACCGUAUGAACGACUCCUUCUCCUGCCUGGGUUGGUUCAGUCCUGGUCAGGUGUUUGUCCUGGACGAGUACUGUGCCCGAUAUGGUGUUCGCGGCUGCCAUCGUCACCUUAGCUACUUAAAGGACCUGAUGGACUUUUCAGAGGACAACACCCUGGUGGACCCCAUGCUGCUUCACUACAGCUAUGCAUUCUGUGCCUCUCACGUACACGGAAACAGGCCCGAUGGCAUGGCGACGGUGACGCUGGUGGAGAAGGAAGAAUUUGACUCAAUCAGGAGUCGACUCAUGAUGCUACUUGAGAAGCACAUCACACACUUUAGGUAUUGCUUCCCUUUCGGACGACCAGAUGGCGCCCUGAAGGCCACGCUCUCUCUGCAGGAGAGGGUUCUAAUGAAAGACAUGACCACACCAGUUCCCACAGAGGAGAUGAAAAGGGUGGUGCAGAGAUAUCUGGAGAAAGCAGCGGGCAUCAACUACAGCCAGCUCAUUGACUAUGCCAACAUAAAGGGUGAGGGCAUGAGGCACAUUGACCCGGAAAAGAGGCUGGAGGAUGCCAUGAGGCUGGCAGAGCUUGUCAUCGAAGUCCUGCAGCAGAAUGAUGAACAUCACUCAGAGGCCUUUUCGUUAUGGCCUGAAUUGAUGUCCGAGCAUGCCGAGAGCUUCCUGUCUCUGUACCGCGUGGACAUGGACUCAUCUCUGCAGGUGCAGCCUGUCGAUUCAUGGAGCAGCUUUCCACUCUUUCAGCUCCUCAAUGGAUUCCUCAGCUCAGAUGCUCAUCUGUGCAACGGGCCCUUCCACAAGCACCUUCAGGAUCUUUUUGUCCCACUGGUGGUACGCUACAUCGACCUGAUGGAGUCAUCCAUUGCGCAGUCCAUCCACCGUGGUUUCGAGCAGGAGACCUGGCAGUCAGUCAAGAACGGUUCAGCCACAUCGGAGGAUCUUUUCUGGAAGCUCAACGCGCUUCAGAUGUUCGUGUUUGAGCUUAAAUGGCCUGAGGCCGAGUUUGCCAGGCAUCUGGAACAGAGACUCAAGCUGAUGGCCAGUGACAUGAUGGAGGCUUGCGUUAAGAGGACCAAAUGUGCAUUCGACGCCAAAAUGCAGAAAUCCAACAAAUCAACAGACUUCCGUGUGUCACUGUGCGUGUGCACAAUGUUGAACAUCCUCAUGGAUGCCAAGAGGCAGUGCUCCAAACUCUGCGUGCUGGACACUGGGCAAGAGCAACACUACCACUCCAAAAUCGACGUGCUCAUUGACGAAGCGUUGAAGGACAUGAUUUCUGCACUCGUAUCAAAGUUGUGUGCAGUGUUGGAUUCAGUUCUUUCAAAGCUGUCAAGAUACGACGAAGGAACUUUCUUGUCAUCCAUCCUCUCGUUCACGGUGAAGGCAGCUGCCAAAUAUGUGGAAGUUCCCAAAUCAUCAGGAUUGGACCUGGCUGACACAUACAUCACGUUCGUCCGUCAAAACCAGGACAUUCUCCGUGAGCGUAUCAACGAUGAACUCUACAUCGAGAAAGUCUUUGAACAAUGGUACGGUGUUUCAAUGAAAGCAGUCUGCGUGUGGUUGGCAGACCGACUGGACCUCCAGCUGCACCUCUACCAGCUCAAGACCCUAAUCAAGAUUGUCAAGAAGAGCUACCGUGACUUCCGUCUUCAAGGCGUCCUGGAAGGGACACUGAACAACAAAAGCUACGAGACUGUCUACAACCGUUUGACGGUGGAGGAAGCCACACUGGCCGUCAAGGCAGGACACAGCCUAGAAGGUGUUAGUAUGCGGGACAGCGACCAGGAGGACGAUUGA